AUGCCCUUACAUUCCAAGCGACUACUUUACAUUCCAAGCGACUACUUUCUCCUCAACUAUAGUUCAUCUUAUAGUUUGAGUGAUGCCGACGGCCGAACCUGGGACGGAGAUGGCCACUCCAAAUUCUCACCCUCAAACAUUUCAAACACAUCUUCUAAAUCUACAGCAUCCGGGCAAAACCUUCCUGUCAAUCUAGUCCCCUACAUGUUUGCUCGUAUCUUUCGCUCUCAAUUCACCUACACCUUCCCAGUCUCCAUCGGACCAAAAUUCAUUCGUCUCUAUUUCUUCCCAGCUAAUUACUCUGACCUGGACAUAGCCAACUCUUUCUUCUCUGUCACCUCCAGCGGCCACACCCUCUUAAGCAACUUUAGUGCCUUCCUCACUGUCUCUGCCAUGAAACCCGCAGUUGCUACCCUUAGAAAGGAAUUCAUCGUCAACGUUAGGGACAACCAGAGACUGAACAUAACCUUUUUGCCCUCUGUUCUUGAGACUCUCUAUCGAUUAAAUGUUGGCGGUAAUGACGUCUCAGUAACCAAUGAUACCAGAAUGUUUCGUUUAUGGCGUCCGGAUGACAAUUACACCUACGCAGCUUAUGGAUUUACACCUUACAGUGAUGUCGCAAUCCGAUACACACAGGAGACACCACCUUACACUGCACCGAAGAUCGUUUGCACAUCCUCAAGGACCAUGGGCAACCAAAGUCUAAAAUACAAUCUGACAUGGAGAUUUCUUGUUGAUUCUGGGUUUUAUUAUCUUCUCAGACUCCAUUUCUGA